AUGUCGACUUCGGCCCUUGUUGACCAUUCCCCUCACCAGCCAGAGCCAGCAGCACCGGUGCCCACGGCUUCGAACCUCAUUCUCAUCGACAACUAUGACUCAUUCACUUGGAACAUCUACCAGUACCUCGUGCUUGAAGGAGCCACCGUGCAUGUCUUUAGAAAUGACCAGAUUACCGUCGAGGAGCUGGUAAAGCUGAACCCAACGCAGCUCAUCAUCAGUCCUGGACCUGGCCAUCCCUCCACCGAUUCCGGCGUCAGCAGAAAUGCCAUCCGUCACUUUGCCGGCAAGAUUCCCAUACUUGGCGUAUGCAUGGGGCUUCAAUGCAUGUUUGAUGUGUACGGAGGAAAAGUCGGCUCCGCCGGAGAAUGGCUGCACGGCAAAACAUCACCUUUGACUCACGAUUCCAAGGGCGUCUUCGCCGGCCUAGAGCAAGGCCUUCCUGUAACUCGGUACCACUCCUUGGCUGGAACCCAUGUGACACUUCCUGAAUGCUUGGAGGUGACGUCUUGGGUAGCCAAGGAAGAUGGCUCGCCCGGCAUCAUUCAGGGUGUCCGCCACAAAGAGUAUACCAUGGAGGGGGUGCAGUUUCAUCCCGAGAGCAUUCUGACCGCCCACGGCCGCAAGAUGAUCAGGAACUUUUUGCGUAUGCAAGGCGGCACGUGGCAACAAGACUCGCGAUUUCAAAAGUCUGCGUCGACCGACGGCGCAGCCGCCAGCGCCACCGCGCCCAGGAAAAACAACAACAUCCUGCAAAGAAUCUAUGCCAACAGAAGGGUUGCCGUGGAAGCCCAGAAGCAGCUUCCCUCGCAAAGAAUGUCCGACUUGCAAGCUGCCUACGACCUGAACGCCGCUCCUGCGCAGGUUUCUUUCGUCUCCAGGCUUAAGCAGACACCCUUUGACGUAGCUCUCAUGGCUGAGAUCAAGCGUGGAUCCCCGUCCAAAGGAAUAUUUGCCCUGGAAAUAAACGCGCCCGUGCAAGCGCAAAAGUACGCCCUUGCUGGAGCCAGCGUCAUAUCAGUGCUGACCGAGCCCGAGUGGUUCAAAGGAAGCAUCGACGACCUACGCGCCGUCCGGCAAGUACUCGACGGCAUGCCAAACAGGCCAGCCAUCUUGCGCAAAGAGUUUAUAUUCGACGAAUACCAAAUUCUGGAGGCGAGAUUAGCAGGUGCAGACACCGUGCUGCUGAUCGUCAAGAUGCUCAGUCCCGAGGUUCUCGAGCGCUUGUACAGGUACUCUCAGUCACUGGGAAUGGAGCCGUUGGUUGAGGUUCAGACGGCAGAGGAGAUGGAAACCGCUGUGAAGCUCGGGUCCAAGGUUAUCGGUGUCAACAACAGAAACCUGGAAAGCUUCGAGGUGGACAUGGACACAACGGGGCGCCUGAGGAAAAUGGUUCCCGAAAACACGUUGCUAUGCGCCCUCAGCGGCAUCAACAGCCACAAGGACGUGUUGAUGUGCAAGAAUGACGGCGUCAACGCCGUGCUUGUCGGGGAGUCCAUCAUGCGAGCACCGGACGCGAGUGCCUUCAUCACCGAGUUGUGCUCGGGAGUGAAGCCGGCGGACAGCAAGAAAGCGCCAAAGCCGCUGCUUGUCAAGAUAUGCGGAACCCGAAGCGCCGAGGCGGCGAAGAAGGCUGUCGAGUGCAAAGCCGACUUGAUCGGCAUCAACUUUGUGCCCGGGGCGAAGAGGUGUGUUUCGCACGAAACGGCACUGGCUAUCUUGGCAGCAGUUGGCUCUUCCGCGAACAACCUGACCGACAAGGAUGAAACACCGGUUCCUCCCAAAAGCGCGACUGAUUACUUUGCGGCCGCGGAAAGCCGACUUCGAGGUUCCAGGACCCGGCUCGUCGGAAUCUUCCAGGACCAACCCUUGGACGAGGUUUUGCAGAAGCAAAAGCUCUACAGCCUGGACAUGGUGCAGCUCCAUGGCGACGAGCCGGUGGAAUGGGCCAAGUUCAUCCCCGUCCCCGUCAUCCGGGCUUUCAAGCCUGGCCACCCUGGAAUCGGACUACGGGGCUACCAUACCGUCCCCUUGCUGGAUUCUGGUGCCGGGUCGGGAAAGCGGCUGGACGUGUCGAGCGUCAAGGCCGCCCUGGACAGAGACGCCGGGCUGCGGAUAAUCCUGGCGGGAGGGCUCAACCCCGACAAUGUCGCCGAAGCAGUCAACGCGCUCGGAGAACUGAGUGACCGCGUCAUUGGUGUGGAUGUAAGCAGCGGCGUGGAGGAGGAUGGCCAUCAGAGCCUGGCCAAGAUAUGUGCCUUUGUCGAGGCAGCAAAGGCUAUCCGAUAA